CGGGACGCAGUCAGUGCGCGCGCGAUGUGACCGGCGAUGCACGCGCGCAAUGCUACGCAUUAGUUCGACUUCGACCACGAUAAAUCGAACAUGGCUGAGUGGUCGUUCCUCGAGCGCGACUACCCCAACCGGGCGUACGACGUUUUUCCCUUCCCGUACUAUCAAGACAAGGAGAUCCAGCCUGCGCCUGCGCAGUGCCUGGCAGCGCAAGCGCAACCGUUCCAAUGUCCUUCGCCGACGCUGACCGUUUUACUCUCUCCCGCUCAGCAAGGGACGCAGCAAAUAUGCGAAUACAAUCAAACCACCAAAGGGGAAAAUCCACGCGAGUUGCGAAACAAAGCAGAGAAGCAAAGAAGGGACAAAAUGAACGAAUCCGUUGCAAGAUUAGCUUCGAUAGUCCCGCCUGUUGUCAAGCCUGGCAGGAAAAUGAACAAGAGGAAUGUACUUCGCCUAGCAGCGCACUACCUACGCUCCCAUCAACAUGUAUUCGGUAGCAGCAUCGAUCGGGGUCCCGAGUUUAGUUCUGCGUUCACGCAAACUUUGCUGAAAAGCCUUAAAGGAUUCCUGAUUACGACAACGUACAAAGGGAUCGUGGUGGUCGUCUCGCCGAAUAUACAAGAGUAUUUGGGCUAUACUGAGCUGGAAUUACUCGGCCAAGAUGUCUUCAGCAUCAUACACAAAGAGGAUCAUCAGCUCCUGGCCGAGCAACUAUAUCCAAGAUCUUGCUCUUUGACAUCGAAUGGCCAGCUCUUGUUACCUCGAGAAAAAGACGCUGAAAAGACAGUCGCAGAAGCUUUGUGCAAUGAAAAACGGAGUUUUAUUAUAAGAUUCAAAAAAUUAAGCCAUCAACGUUCCGAGCCACCUCAAUAUGUGACUUGUCACGUAGAAGGCUCACUACGCAAAUCGGACCGUGCGGGCACCAGAUUCGAUCAGAUAGUUCAAAUUGGACGGCGCGUCAGAUCCAGGGGCGAGAAUCCAUUUUCGAGUGGUAAUGACAUUGUGUUCGUGGGUAUAGUGCGACCGGCAACUGAUACUUUCAUAAGCGAGAGCGGUCUAGAGUCCUUCAGGAUGGAAUACCGUACUCGACAUUCCAUUGACGGUGAAAUAAUCCAAUGCGAGCAACGCAUCGCGCUCGUUACUGGCUACAUGACGCACGAGGUGAAUGGCGUCAACGCAAUGAACUUCAUGCAUCGUGACGACGUCCGCUGGGUGAUCAUCGCUUUACGGGAAAUGUACGAUCAGCACCGCUUGGUUGGCGAAUCCUGCUACCGUUUGAUGACGAAGAAUGGCGAAUUCAUUUAUAUGAGAACUCUAGGCCGUCUCGAUGUGGACAGGGACACGAAGGCGGUAACAAGCUUCGUGUGUACAAAUACUGUCGUCGCAGAGCAAGAAGGAAAACAUCUGAUUAAACUAAUGAAGAGGAAAUUCACCUUGAUGAUCAACAACGGGGAACCGAAGGAUUUUGAUGUAGAAGAGAAAGAGGAGGACACGAAGCAGUCAUUACCUGUAGAAGAUCCAAGACAACUUGAAAAGGUUAUUCUUCACCUCGUAACAAACUUGCCUUCGCCGCAGCCUGAAGACACUCACCAUAACCCCUGUUCCAUUAACGGAGAAGUUUCACCAUCACACCUGGCUAUUAUACCUCCACAGCGAGAACGUAUACAGAAGGCUAUAGAGAAAAGCUAUAGUGUUAUUAAAACCAUAGAUAUGGCAAGUAAUAGGGAAUGGAAGAGCAAUAAAAAUUUACCAUCAACGAGCUCCAAACAACAAAUCGAAACAAGUGAAAUGGAUACACAAGAUGAUCAUUCGGAUAUAAUCAGGGCUCUAUGUCUGGGAAUCUGUCAAGGUCCACCGUGUACGUGUAUCUCGGAUAGCCCUGAAGAUACUAACCGGAUAUUAUCUCCUACAGAGAAUGAUCUGUACAUGAGUUAUUUAGCGGCCGCCCCACCAACUGUCAACGUCGUCGAUACCAGUCUUACCAAUCUGAGCGACUCCCGAGAUUUGCCAAUACAGUUCAAUAUCUCCAGCUCGAGCUUUUCGUCCGAUUUAUUUUGUGAACAAGAAAGCAAACCGUCAUGUUCACGAACCUCUGGAAAACCAAGAAGAACUGAACAAGCCAGAAAACCAGCUGGGCCGAGCUCUCACUUUUCACCACCAAUUAUCCAAGAACGUCGAGUGAUGUCGCCAUCCAUCAGAGCACCAAAGCCUUACGUAGAACCGACUCCCGGAACAUCAGGUUUGAAAAGACAACGUAAAGUUGAUAAUAAGAAUGUAAACAAAAGAAAUGUUCAUAUCGGGAGUCGCUCAGAAGGGCUGAAAGACAAUCCCGACUUUGAUUACAUGUUAAAUUUAGCGAUUGAGGACAGUUACAACCUAGAACGAGGCAGAAUUACUCCGUCCAACACAAUACUGGGUGACGAUGAGCUCGUAAAAACAAUAGAUAAAAUCGAAGCAGAAGACGGUGUCGAUAGUCGUAAUCUGACUAUUGAUAAUUUUACCGAGCCCGAAGUAGAUAAAACUACACGUUAUAAGAGGUACUCGAGAAAGACCAGGGAUACGAAAAGAGCGAGCGGCCCCCGAAUGACUCCCCCCGAUAUUUAUGAGUUUAAGGACGAUGACGUCAACUAGUGUAAGACCUCUUAAGUGUCUACUUAUGCCUUUGACAUUCUUGACACUUAAGAUGAAACCUUUUAAAUAUGAAUCUUACACUAAAGAGGGACAAUUGUUAUUUGAAAAAACAUUUAUUAGUGAUAGUGCAACUAGUGAUUGACAUUUAGUAUCAGAACUAGACGUGAUAAAUAUAUUUUUAGUGAUACUAUGCUCUUCAGUAAUACUGUAUGAACGCUAUGCU